AUGAAGGAACUAGCUAUGCUGCAGAAGCCAAUCAUUCUUGAUGGUGGAAACUUUGGUCACUGGAAAGCCAGAAUGCGACACAUAAUCAGAGGGAUCGACGAGGAUGCAUGGACUGCUGUUGAAGAAGGAUGGACAGCGCCAACUGUCUUAAUGGAUGACAACACACUGGGUCCAAAGUCUAAAGAUAAGUGGACCGACUCAGAGAAGGCAGCCUCAAAGUUCAACUCGAAAGCACUCACUGUGAUUUUCUCAGCCGUGGACUUAGAUCAGUUCAAGAUCAUUCAAGGCUGUGAUUCCGCAAAAGAGGCGUGGGACACACUAAUCAAUCACUUCGAAGGAAAUACUAGUGUUCGGAGAACCAGAAUUGAUCAUCUAGCUUCAAGAUUUGAGAAUCUUCGAAUGGGAGAUGAUGAACCCAUUGAUGGAUUCAUAUCCAAGAUCAGUGAACUGGCAAACGAGUCUUCCGUUCUAGGGAAGAAAUACGAUGAGAAAGACCUUGUGAAGAAACUACUUCGAUGCUUGCCUCCUCGGUUUGAGGCUUACAAGGCAGUUCUGAAUAUUGCUGUUGAUACUGAUGAGAUGAAGUUUGAUCAGCUUGCUGGAAUUCUGAAAGUGCAUGACCUUGAGAAGACAGAUCGUUUAUCCAAUACUCCAAAGAGCAUUGCAUUUGCUGCUGAAUCAAAAGAGAUUGACAGAGUCUCAAAUAUUGAGGAAAACUUGGGCUUAAUGGCGAGAAACUUUAAUAAGUUUGUCAAGAGAAUGGAGAAAGGAGGGAAUCGAUCCAACAGCCGGUUUCAGAGGAAUGUAUCAGAUCAUAGUCAGCGACAGGACUCAUCAAGGAACUCCAAAAAGAAGGAACUGCAGUGUCACGAGUGUGAGGGUUACGGACACUUUCGCAAUGAAUGUCCACUUACCAAACGGAAAGAACUGAAGUGCAUUGACUGUAAAGGCUUUGGGCACACUCGAGCUGAAUGCCCUAAUAAUCUCAAGAAAGAAAAGUCAAUGAUGUGCUUCAGUGAUACGGACUCAGAGAGCGAAAGUGAUGAAGAAGAACUGCACUUGAACUUUAUGGCUCUACUCGGAGAAGACAAGGACCAGAAACAAGAAGAUGAUAGUAGGACGCUCAUCGAAGAUGACAAUGAUGAUCUCAAUCAUGAUCUGGAAACCGAGUACAAAGAACUGUUCAACCAGUUUGCAGAAUUGAGUCUUGAGAACCUGCAGCUCCUCAAAGACAAAGCAAUGUUAAAAGCUCAGGUCAAUAUACUUGAGUUGGAAAAACCAGCUGAGACUGUACUGAAUGAAUCUGAUCAGGAACUCUUAUCGAUCAAAAGAGCUAUGAUAGAACAAGAGAGAGUUCAGAAGCUGUUUGAAAUGAAGGUCAGUCACCUGAGUGAACUACUUGAAAAAGAAGUGGAUAAAAGCAAGCUGCUUGAGAGUCAACUCACUGAGAAUCACAAGAAGAUAAGGAUGUUGACUACAGGAACCUCAACACUGGAUCAUCUCUUAACCAUUGGACAAUGUCCGAGCUCAAAUUGGGGACUUGGAUUUCGAGGCUCAACUUCAAUACAAGGUGAAAUUGCAGGGAAAACUACCUUUGUCAAAGAACUUUCUAAAGAGGAAACUGUGAAAGCAACUGAGAAAGUCCUAAAUACAAGUAAGUCUGCUGAGAAUAAACGAGCUCCAGUGAUUGCAAGGCGUGGCAAUGGAUGUCAUUUUUGUGGCAAGUGUGGUCAUAAAGUCAGGUACUGUUACUUUCGUCUACAACAGUAUCAACGAGCCUGGAGGAUGAACUUGUGUUUUGUGGAACCAUCUUCCUACGGAUCAGUAUGGAUAGCUAAAAGGGAUUUGUACCCAAACUACAAGGAGCGGGUAUCAGCUGUGUUACACAUCAAUGCUGAUGUCUCACCUACAGAGGCAGAAGUUGAACUCAACUGCAACUAUGUCAGUGUGCAACCAAUGAUUAACUGUGUGAGUAAUGUUGCUUACACAGGUGCAGAGGGCAGUAGUCAAAUAGACUCUCCAUGGUACUUUGACAGUGGAUGCUCUAAGCAUAUGACUGGUACUCAGGAAUAUCUUGACAAAGUUCAGUUCCUCAAAGGAGGGAAAGUUACAUUCGGAGAUGGUGGACAAGGAAAAAUUCGUGGAGUCGGCAGGACAGAACGAGCAGAUCUUCCUAGUCUCAUCAAUGUGUACUACGUCGAGGGUCUCAAAGCAAAUCUCAUCAGUGUGAGCCAACUCUGUGAUGAAGGAUUGGAAGUGAUCUUUAAUAAAAUUGAAUGUCGAGCAGUUGAUGAAAAAGGAAAUAUUGUUCUUCAGGGAGUUCGAUCUGGUAAUAAUUGCUAUAUGUGGAAGCCAUUAGAUACGUGUUUGUCUGCAGUUGAGUCAAAGUUGGAUCUGUGGCACAGGAAACUUGGUCAUAUGAACACGAAUGGACUAAGUAGAUUAGUUAAUGCUGAAGUUGUUAGAGGAGUUCCUGAACUGGAGAAGCAAACCGAUACAGUAUGUGGAGGAUGUUGUCAAGGCAAGCAAGUGAAGGUCCAACACAAGCAGAUAUCAGAGAUCAGAUCAAAGAAAGUGCUUGAACUUGUUCACAUGGAUCUGAUGGGACCAAUCACACCGAAUAGCAUUGCGGGAAGAAGAUAUAUCUUUGUCCUGGUAGAUGACUUCUCUAGAUACACAUGGGUGGAUUUCCUGAAAAACAAGUCUGAUGCUUUAGACAGUUUUCGUAUACUAGCUCUCCAACUUAAACAAGAAAAGGGUGGGAUCAUUCAGAUAAAGAGUGAUCAUGGAGGAGAAUUUCAGAAUGAAGAAUUUGAUAGAUUUUGUCAAAGUCAGGGAAUACGACAUCAGUAUGCAGCUCCUAGAACACCUCAACAGAAUGGUAUAGUGGAAAGAAAGAAUCGAACCCUUCAGGAGAUGGCUAGAGCAAUGUUGUGCGGCAACAGUGUACCAUCUGGCUUCUGGGCGGAAGCAAUCGAGACAGCAUGUUACGUGAUCAAUCGAGUGUAUGUGAAACCCAAAACCAAGACCACACCAUACGAGCUGUUCAAAGGAAAAACUCCCAAUCUGAGUCAUAUGCAUGUCUUCGGAUGUCUAUGCUAUAUCCUGAAUGAUAAGGAUCACUUAGGGAAGUUUGAUGCAAAGAGCGAUGUGGGGAUGUUUGUUGGAUACUCUACACAUAGCUCGGCAUAUAGAAUCUUUAAUUCACGCACGAAGUUCAUUGGAGACAGUGUGAAUGUCGUCUUUGAUGACAGCAUUGGUUUCUAUCAGGCCAGAGUCACACAAACAAUUGAAUGUGAGACACCGAAAGUCACUGCUCCGACUCCUGAAGAUGUGAAGGAUGAGUCAGAAGAUGAGAGUGAACAUGACAAUGUUCUAGUGAAACUUGAUAAUGCAAAAGUACACAAAAAUCAUUCACCAGAUGACGUCAUCGGUGGUGUAUUUGGUGAGAGAGUCACUCGUAAGAAGCAAAUUGACUUCAAAGAGAUGGUCAAAUUGGCAAGCUUUAUUGUGAAGAUGAACACUGUAGAGUGUUUUGUCUUCCUGAUCGAACCUAAGAAUCUGCAAGAAGCAUUGGAAGAUGAAUUCUGGACAGACUCAAUGCAUCAAGAACUUGAGCAGUUUGAAAGGUUAGAUGUUUGGGCGCUGGUACCUAGACCCGACAAUGUGAACGUCAUUGGGACUAAAUGGAUCCACAAGAACAAGACAGAUGAGGAAGGUAAUGUCAUCCGGAACAAGUCUAGGUUGGUUGGACAAGGAUAUACACAGAUAGAGGGUGUAGACUUUGAUGAGACCUUUGCUCCAGUGGCUAGACUGGAAUCUAUCAGACUUCUCUUCGGGAUGGCCUGCAAUCUUCGGAUAAAGUUGUAUCAAAUGGAUGUUAAGAGUGCCUUCUUAAAUGGUGUACUGCAAGAGGAAGUGUAUGUUGAACAGCCAAAAGGAUUUGAAGAUCCACACUUUCCAGAUCAUGUCUACAAACUCAAAAAGGCUCUUUAUGGGCUCAAGCAAGCUCCACGAGCCUGA